ACGUGAUCCGUCCCCAGCGCCGCCAUUUUGGAGCUCCGGAUGAGGAGGGGGAAAGCGGGGGAAAAGAGGGAAAAGAGCCGGGAGAGAGGUGGGCAAGGACGAGGGCGAGGGCACGGCCGGGUCCUGGCUGGCCAAAGGAGGCUCGCGGAAGCAGCAGCCGCCGCCUGACCGCAGCUGGAUUUUGAAGAUUGAUCCAAGGGACUGUAUUAAUUUCAGGAAUUGAUUUGAAAGACACUGGCUCUGCCCCUUAACAGCCAUGUAACCUUGGAUAUGGAAGGAAGUAGCAGUGUUGCCAUGUUGGUGCCAGAUAUUGGGGAACAGGAAGCUAUAUUGACUGCUGAAAGUAUCAUCAGUCCUUCACUGGAAAUUGAUGAACAAAGAAAAACUAAACCAGAUCCAUUAAUCCAUGUUAUCCAGAAGUUAAGCAAGAUAGUGGAACAUGAAAAGUCACAAAAAUGUCUUUUAAUUGGAAAGAAACGCCCACGUUCAAGUGCUGCAACACACUCUCUUGAAACCCAAGAGCUUUGUGAGAUUCCAGCUAAAGUAACCCCGUCACCUGCUGCUGAUACUGGAAGAGCUGAGAUGUCACAAACAAAUUUUACGCCUGACACUCUUGCCCAGAAUGAAGGGAAGGCUAUGUCUUAUCAGUGUAGCCUUUGUAAGUUUCUAUCGUCAUCUUUUUCCGUGUUAAAAGAUCAUAUUAAGCAGCAUGGUCAGCAGAACGAAGUGAUACUAAUGUGCUCGGAGUGCCAUAUUACAUCUAGAAGCCAGGAGGAACUUGAAGCUCACGUGGUGAAUGACCAUGAAAAUGAUGCCAAUAGCCACACCCAAUCCAAAGCCCAACAGUGUGUAAGCCCCUCCAACUCUUUAUGUCAGAAAACCACAGAAAGAAAUAAUGAAACCAUUCCAGACAUCCCAGUAAGUGUGGACAAUCUGCAGACUCAGACUGUCCCAGCUGCAUCUGUGGCAGAAAUGGGUAGGAGGAAAUGGUAUGCAUACGAACAGUACGGCAUGUAUCGAUGCCUGUUUUGUAGUUAUACUUGUGGCCAGCAGAGAAUGUUGAAAACACAUGCUUGGAAACAUGCUGGGGAGGUUGAUUGCUCCUAUCCAAUCUUUGAAAAUGAAAAUGAGCCCCUAGGCCUGCUGGAUUCUUCAGCAGCCUCUGCGGCUGGUGGGGUCGAUGCAGUGGUCAUUGCUAUUGGAGACAGUGAACUGAGUAUCCACAAUGGGCCAUCAGUGCAAGUGCAGAUUUGCAGCUCAGAACAGUUAUCAUCUUCAUCUCCUUUAGAACAGAGUGCAGAAAGGGAAGUACACCUAAGUCAGUCAGUUACCCUGGACCCCAGUGAGGAAGAAAUGCUGGAAGUGAUUUCUGAUGCAGAGGAGAAUUUGAUUGCUGAUAGCCUCCUUUCAUCGGCACAAAAAAUCAUCAGCAGCAGCCCUAAUAAAAAAGGUCAUGUUAACGUGAUAGUGGAGCGAUUGCCAAGUGCUGAAGAAACCCUUUCACAGAAGCGCUUCCUCAUGAACACUGAAAUGGAAGAGGGGAAGGACCUAUGCCCAACAGAAGCCCAGAUUGGGCACGAAGGAACAGAUGAUGUUUAUCGUGCUGAUAAAUGUACUGUUGAUAUCGGGGGAUUGAUCAUAGGCUGGAGCAGUUCAGAGAAGAAAGAUGAGUUAAUGAAUAAAGGCCUGGCUACUGAUGAGAAUGCCCCACCAGGCCGGAGAAGGACAAAUUCUGAGUCUCUUCGACUGCAUUCAUUAGCUGCAGAAGCCCUCGUCACAAUGCCUAUAAGAGCUGCAGAGUUAACAAAAGCCAACCUGGGGCACUAUGGGGAUAUAAACCUUUUAGAUCCAGAUCCUAGUCAAAGGCAAGUAGAUAGUACAUUGGCAGCAUAUUCAAAAAUGAUGUCGCCACUUAAAAACUCUUCAGAUGGAUUAACUAGUCUUAACCAAAGUAACUCUACCUUGGUAGCACUCCCAGAGGGUAGGCAGGAAUUGUCAGAUGGGCAGGUUAAGACAGGCAUCAGCAUGUCCUUACUCACCGUCAUUGAAAAAUUGAGAGAAAGGACAGACCAAAACGCUUCAGAUGACGACAUUUUGAAAGAGUUGCAGGACAACGCCCAGUGCCAACCCAACAGCGAUACGAGUUUGUCCGGAAACAACGUGGUGGAAUACAUCCCGAAUGCUGAACGACCCUACCGUUGCCGCCUGUGUCACUACACAAGUGGCAACAAGGGCUACAUCAAGCAGCACUUACGAGUCCAUCGACAGAGACAGCCUUAUCAGUGUCCUAUCUGUGAGCACAUAGCCGACAACAGCAAAGAUUUGGAGAGCCACAUGAUCCACCACUGUAAGACAAGAAUAUACCAGUGCAAGCAGUGUGAAGAAUCCUUCCAUUAUAAGAGUCAAUUGAGGAAUCAUGAGAGAGAACAGCACAGUCUUCCAGAUACCUUGUCAAUAGCAACUUCUAAUGAGCCAAGAAUUUCCAGUGAUAUAGCUGAUGGAAAAUGUGUCCAGGAAGGAAAUAAGUCUUCAGUCCAGAAACAGUAUAGAUGUGAUGUAUGUGAUUAUACAAGUACAACUUACGUUGGUGUCAGAAACCACAGGCGAAUCCAUAACUCUGAUAAGCCAUACAGAUGCGCUCUGUGUGGGUAUGUGUGUGGCCAUCCUCCUUCUUUGAAGUCUCAUAUGUGGAAGCAUGCGAGUGACCAAAAUUAUAACUAUGAACAAGUAAACAAGGCUAUUAAUGAUGCGAUUUCACAAAGUGGCAGAGUUCUAGGGAAAUCCCCUGGAAAGACUCAAUUAAAGAACAGUGAAGAGAGCACGGAUCCCAUCACUGGAAGUUCAGAAAAUGCAGUAUCAUCUUCAGAACUGAUUCCCCAGACUCCCAGUGAAGUUCUGGGUCCCAAUGAGAAUGAGAAACUGAGCCCUACAAGUAAUACCUCAUAUAGUUUAGAAAAAAUCUCCAGUCUGGCCCCUCCUGGUAUGGAGUACUGCGUUUUACUAUUCUGCUGUUGUAUUUGUGGUUUUGAAUCAACCAGCAAAGAAAACCUCUUGGAUCAUAUGAAAGAGCACGAGGGUGAAAUUGUAAACAUCAUCCUGAAUAAGGACCACAACACAGCUCUAAACACAAAUUAGAUGGAAUAAUUACUCAAACAGGAAAGCCGUAGAAGAGGAUUCCUUCACCAGUUUCACCUUUGCGCUUCAAACAACCUAGCCACAGAAGAAAUCGCUGAUGUGAUUUUUGAGGAAGUGACAGAUGUGACUUUGGAACCGAACUUGUAAUAAAAGGAAUUCCAAAUGGACGAGCAGUAAUGAUACUUAAGUAUUUUGAGUGAGGGGGAGUGGGUCGAAGAGGAAGCAGAAGUGUAAUACAAUAUUAACUCUCUUUUACCCCUUCUUAGUGUUGAGUGUAUUUAUUAAUAAAAGCUUAUGUAGUAUAGAAAUGCAAGCAAAAGAGUUAAGAAAGAGCUUUUCAGGAACUAUUCUAAAAGUUAUAAAGUGUCACAGUCUUAGGCAGAACUUCGUUUUCUUCUCACUUCUGACAUGGAGACUCCAGUGAGAAUGGGAGACAGUUCUGGGAGGGGUUUUUUCAGUGUCACCAACAAAGUCAACAAUGAAACAUAAUUAGAGGGCUUUGAAAUGAUCUACUGAAAUCCCUAAAUUGGUAGAAAUUUACUUAAUCUAGGAUGUGUUCCUUUACUCCUUACUAAAGAAAGAAAAGCAGACAGACCUCCAAAUUCAAAACCAGAUUGUAAAUAGGCCUUUAAGAAGUAAAGUAUUGACUUAAAUUUACCGUGACUUUUUGUGGGCAAAUGAGGAAACAGGUGAAUUCCCACCAGACUCAAACCAGAUCUCAAUCUGUAGUAAUGCUAAAUUGUCUUGAGUGUUCUCAGAGGUUCUUUUCAGUGUCUGUCAGAACUUUGCAUACUUUCUCAAUAGUACAUAGACCUUCUAAUACUCUCUGCUAAAUGAGACCAUGCUUGUUAUCUGAAAGUAUGUGAAAGAAACAAUGUAUGAAAAUUUACAUUUGAUCAUUGGAUAUUGGAAAUAGUUUGAAUUAUUUCCAAAAAUCCCUUAAGGGAUGAGGGGUGAAA